ACUAUGGAGGCUUUAAGUCUGUCCGUAAACGCGGUGUCCUACACUGUGGCAGCUGAGCUGCACCCGAUCGAUGAUGACCCGUUCACCGGACCCAUCAAGAACAUCGCCCCGUGGAACUUCACCAUUUUGGCGCUGCUCAUGUUUGUGGUCACGCUCCUGUCGCUGAGCGAAAACUUCCUCGUCAUGUUUGCCACAUAUAAGUUCAAACAACUCCGACAGCCACUCAACUACAUCAUAGUCAAUUUGGCUAUAGCUGACUUUCUAGUGUCCCUCACAGGAGGACUGAUAAGUUUCCUGACAAAUGCAAGAGGUUAUUUCUUCCUGGGCCGGUGGGCUUGUGUGCUGGAGGGCUUUGCUGUCACUUUUUUCGGAAUCGUAGCCCUGUGGUCUCUGGCCGUUCUGUCCUUCGAACGAUUCUUCGUGAUUUGCCGACCUCUGGGCAACAUUCGGCUGCAAGCCAAACACGCCGUCAUGGGUCUGCUGUUCGUCUGGAUCUUUUCCUUCGUUUGGACCUUCCCUCCGGUUCUGGGCUGGAACAGAUACACUGUCAGCAAGAUUGGGACCACCUGUGAGCCGGACUGGUAUACGUCCGACAUCAAUAGCCACAGCUACAUCAUCACCUUCUUCUCCACUUGUUUCAUUCUGCCUCUCGGACUCAUCUUCUUCUGCUAUGGGAAGCUCCUGCGGAAGCUCCGGAAGGUGUCCCAUGGCCGUCUGGCCACCGCCAGGAAGCCUGAGCGCCAGGUGACCCGGAUGGUCGUCGUCAUGAUUAUAGCAUUCAUGGUGGCAUGGACACCAUAUGCGGUCUUUGCUCUACUGGUUACAAUUCAUCCAACCAUUGAAUUGGAUGCGAGGUUGGCUUCCAUCCCUGCAUUCUUCUCCAAGACGGCCGCGGUGUAUAAUCCAAUCAUCUACGUGUUCAUGAACAGACAGUUCAGGAAGUGCAUCAUCCAGCUUUUCACCGGCAUUGUGGCCAUGCCAGAAAGCAACAUGAACCAGACAUCAGAGCGACCAGGAAUCACUGCGGACAGUCAAACGGGAGAAAUGUCCGCCAUUGCGGCCCGUAUCCCCAUCGGCGGCGCUACAACGUCGCCCAGGUCGGAAGAUUCGCCAACUGACUGUGCUUCCUUUGCGCAGCUCCCCAUCCCGGAGAAUAAAGUGUGUCCAAUGUAACAGCUACUUGCAGCAGGUCUACUCCAACUUGAAAGAAAAAAAAUAAUAACAACACGCAACUCUUGCCAGACACAUCUUGGGACUUCCCACUAGUCAUUUUUGAGAUGGAUUAAGCUCAAGAUAUGUCGACUAACCUUUUUUCCCCCCUAGCUGUCACCUUUGCAUUUCAUUUGCAGUCGCUGAGGAAUCAAAAGCAAAUGAAGUGCAUUGGAAUUUCAUUUGAAUUGGCCCUAAAUAUUGCUGGAAAAGAAAAUGCGCAGAUAGAAACGUUCCCAAUAGAUAAGCUUGACCACACCUGCACAACUUUGAAUCUGCUACAAAAUGCAACUUGCACUUUAAUCCACUUUCACGUGGUAACUCCAUCGGAAUACCGAGCUCCUGGAAAAUCACAGCGUCAUAUUCCUAUACCAAAAUUCUGCCUUUCAUC